UUCGGUGAAUUUGUCGUGUUACGAAGGUAGACCAAUGGGAUUAUCUUUGGUAGCGUAGAAGAAUGAAAUCCACUAUCCUUUAAGUAAGGCACAGUGAGAUAGACUGGAGCCCAGUACAUUUGUUUCAGUAGUGGAUCCAGAAUAGUGAGGAGUGAAUAGGAUGGAUUACAACUCUUCUGUGUUGCACUUAAGUUGGAUUGUGAAUUCAUGAUACAAUUUUCUGUCUGUAUGAUCAGCUUAAAGUGAUUAUUUACUGACUGAAUCUCUUAACAAAAUGGCUGACCAUUCCGAUUUGGUCGCAGAAAUCCCAAGCGUUGAGCGCAUGGGAACACAAGAAAGGUUGAAACAUGCCAAAAAGCGACGUUCUGCACAGUUAAAGAAAUGGGCUAACUAUGAAAAACAGUUGGACAAAGACAGUAACAAAAAAUCCAAAAAAGGUCAGCCGCACAAAAAACACCGACGAGCAAAAACAACAAGGGUACGCUUCAAAGGAAAUAUUAUGUUACUGGAGUCGGCAGCCCGGAAUGACUUAGAAGAUGUGAAGCGUCUCCUGAGUGCUGGUGUCAACCCUGAUGUGACCAAUGAAGAUGGACUCACUGCUCUACAUCAGUGUUGUAUCGAUGAUAAUGAAGAAAUGUUGAAGCUACUCUUGGAGUUCGGAGCAUCAGUGAAUGCGCGGGAUACGGAGUUAUGGACACCACUUCAUGCAGCCGCUACAUGUGGACAUGUUCAUCUGUGUCGCUACCUCAUAGAUAAGGGUGCAGAACUUUUGGCUGUAAAUGCUGAUGGUAACAUGCCGUACGAUAUCUGUGAGGAUGAAGUCACACUGGAUUACAUCGAAACGGAGAUGGCAAAAAGAGGAAUAACACAGGAGGACAUUGAUGAAACUCGACUCAUUCCUGAAAAACAAAUGCUAAAUGAUCUAAAACAAAUCGCAAAGAGAGGAGGGGAUCUAGAGUUUAUCAACUCUGAAGGGGCCACACCUUUACAUAUAGCUGCUGCUAAUGGCUACCAGGAGGUGGCAGAAUUUCUGCUGGACCACCAUGUGUCUGUUGACAGAAGAGAUUUUGAUUCUUGGCAACCAAUCCACGCCGCUGCCUGCUGGCUACAGCCAGAAAUCCUGGAAAUUCUGGUGAGGAAUGGUGCUGAUAUUGAUGCUAAAACGAGAAUUGGAGAAACAGCAUUUGACCUCUGUGAAGAUGCUGAGAUUCGACAAAAAAUCUUAGACAUGAAAGAUGAGAUUGAAACAAACAAAGCUAGCCGUACAAAAGAUAGUGUCCGUCGCAGUGCUAGGCACACAAGUAGAUCAGGCCACUCCCACAACUUAUCAAAUAGUUCGGGUUCAGUGACAAAUUCCAAUACGUCACUGAACGAACAUUACGAGCAUCCCCACCACCACCACAAGACCUCCAACAGUGCGUCCAUCCGCCGUAGCAGUAUGAGGGGAGAGAAAAGUCCGCUUUUUAUGAAGGAGGCCAGGGAAGAGGCCCUCCACUUUGGCUGGGGACAAAGUGAUGAAGAUUUAAUGGAGGAAGAUAAAGAGAACAGUCCAGCAACAAAUAUAGAAGAUGUCCAGAUCAUCAUAGAUGAGGAGAAACCUGAACCAACAAAAAAAGCGUCACCCCCACCCUCAAAACAACCAAAGACUGUUGAUACUACAGCACCCCCAAGGCUUUCCCCAGGAAACACACAGGCAGACAGACCACCAGGAGAGCGACAGUCCUCUUCCUCAAGGUCAAGUAGACCAGAGUCUGCCCCUCAAGGUCAGCCCAGCCAAAGGUCUAGACCUCAAAACCCUUCCCUCAACAGUCGACAGGAACGGCCAACAUCUACCCCCAACAGCCGACAGGAACGGCCAACAUCUUCCCCCAACAGCCGACAGGAACGGCCGACAUCCCACCGAGAGACUACACCAGACAAACCCAGAACAAACAACAUUCCAAAGUCUGUGUCAGAACAGGAGCGGCAGAGGCAGCAGGAGAGACGAAGUGAUUCCUCAAGUCCGCGUGUCAAAUCAAACUCGUAUCAGUUAAACAACACUGAGACGGGGACCAGUUCAAACGUUCGCUAUCCCUCUGGUCCCCCUUCCAUAACUCUGGCAGAUUUAAAACGACAGCGUGCAGAAUCAAGAAGUCGAGAGAAUAGCCUAACGGACAUUAGUUCUCAAGUACAGAACAUGUUUAUAAAUAGUCUGUCCUCUAAUAAUAGCAAAAAAUACAGUUCAUCAUCCCUGCCUGGGAAAGAGCCCCAUAAAGAUAAAAAUGGUCAUAACACAAACAACAACACGCAAGGCUACCACCCAGAGGCAGUUCACAAAUUCAAAGCUCCCCAUAGUGCACCAGUCAUCGGAGAGGAGGACAAGCAGGGCUGUUGUGUUGUCAUGUGAUCAGGUCAUGUGACAUCAAUGGUAAAACAUAUGACAAGCAAUUGACUGCAAGAAAGAACAAAGUUGUCUGUUUACUACAUGAAAUAGAAGCAGCAUUUUGUGUUUUCAUAUGAUCAAAAGUGGGUAGUUGGUAAAAAGUCAUGUGACAUCAGUUGAUGUGAAGUAAUGAGUGCAGGGUUGUGUCUAAGUGAUCUGCACUGAUAUGUGAUAUAACUUUUGUAGACAGCGGUGUGUGUUGAUAUGAUGAAUUUUACGGUGAUAUAUUCCCAAACAUUAUGUAUAUUUAGAGAGGUUGCUUUAUACUGGCAAAUCUGUAUUUAUUUUGUUAUACAUAUUUACCCGUUCCAAUGGGUAGGGUUUUGUGUAUAUUAUAGCAAUGGAUGCUUUUCUUAGAAUUUGUGCUCAAAUUCUCCUUUCAUUGCUCAAGAAGUGGAAUGGCAAUGCAAAAAAAGUUAUAUGGCCGUGUUGCAGAGACUUUUGUAAAAAUGGAUAUUCCAAAAAAAUGUCAGUGUGUCAAUUUUAUUUUGUUCUCCUCUACAAAAAUUAACAUAAAACAAUCAAGAUUCAUGAAAUGUCAUAAACAGUGGGUUGGAAUCCAUCAUUGUUCCAGUGUCCAUUGAAAAGUCAUAAACAGUGGAUUAGAAUCCUCACUGUUCCACUGUCCAAAUGUAGAUAUGACAUUCCAAACUUGUAUACUGUAUAAUGGGUCAUUUUUGAUGGUCAGUUUCAGCUAAAUAUCGUAAUAUGUUGGAUCAAAUUGUGAAGUAUACAACAUGCAAAUUAUCCCAAAGCAAAUGGAAAUGUGUGCAAAUACAGUUAUUGCACUUUCUAGUAACAAUGUUGGGGCAUGAUAUGUCUGUAAGGGCUUACUGGUGAAAGAUUCUCCAGUGAAAUUUUUAAAAUUGAUCAUUUACAAGAAUCAACAAGAAAAAAAAGUUGAUUUAAUUAAAAAAAACACUGUUUAAAAAGGUGAAAAGGGAAGAAAUAAAGUUGUUUUAUAUUCAGGAUUGGACUCUAUGUACAAGGGUGUGAUAAAGGUGAUGACAUAUCUGUGUACAUCAUAACUACCUUGUCCCAAUCAUUUCUAUCUCAUAUACAGAGAAAAAUAAGCUAUCUAAGGGGAAUAAUCUUGGCCAUGUCUGGGAUAGAAAGUUUUGCAAAAGAUUGUUAAAAUACGGGUAGUUUGUAUUGGAGAGGAAAAGUCACAGUUUUGGAUGGCAGAAAUGAUCCGUUAUAUGGUAGUCCUGCAUUCCCUUGUGUUCCAUAGGAUGACCUUCACUUCAGUAGAUCCUUCACUUAGAUUUGUAUAGUAAAAGAUAUUAACUGGCACUAGCCAAACAGCUGUAUUUAAACACAAAAUACACAUGUCAUUUCUUAUCAUGGCCAAUGUAUCAUGUACUUAUUUACUGCAAGAUAAAGUAUCCAAGUUUUCAUCCAGAUAAGGAAUAAAAGGUCAUAGGUUAAUUAUAGUUACUAUAUAUAGGCAGCCACGGUUGAGUUAACAAAGGGAGAUAAAUCUCUAAUGACGUAAAGCCAUAGUUUGUAUCAACAUGAAGCACAAUUAUUGCACAGCAAGUUGUAACAGGGUUUCAUCAUUAUUAUAUAUGCAAUAUUUUCUGUACAUUUUAUAUUUUAGAAGUGCUGUUAGGUAGAAGCUUUUUGCACACCUAUAUCCCCGCUGUUUUAUUUCUGCAGUCCUUUUUAUGUUAAGCACUUGAUGUUUGUUUCCUUUUUAUGUUGGUGAUUGCAAUAGAAUGUGACUAACAGGAAAAAUGACAAUUGUUUGUUAUUUAGUACCAUGUUUUAAAAAUUUGAAAAUGUCUUGAAAUUGAUUAAGUCUCAUUAUAUUUAUUGUACUCUGAUCUGUAACAGUUUUGUUUUUUCCCUUGUAUAACUAAAAUUCAUUCCAAAUACAUCUGAUAUAUCAAUUGUUUCUUGUAUCUCAAAAAUAAGCUUAGAGAUCCAGGUUUAUUGUGAACUACCUUUUAAGAUUGUCAAGGUUUGUUGAAAAUUGAUAAAGAGUACAUAACGGAUAUCAAAACAUUCAUAUCACAUUUUAUUUUUAAUUAUAUAAAAAAAAAUUUCCUUUGCAUAUGGGAGAGAAAAAUAUGACGAAAACCAUUCAAAAUUGAGGAGAUAUUAUUUUUCCUGCAUUUAAUGAUAAUGUUCUGAAUGUUACUUUGAUCUUACCUAAGUUAUCAGAAAGAUAAAAAAGCCAUGUAGUAGCUUUAAAAAUUAUUUAAAUUUGUGGGUUGUGACAACAUUGAUGUACAUCAGGAAAUAUAUAGUUUAUUUUGUUCUCUAUAAACCUAGGAUUGUCUAUACACCUGGCCAGUUCAUUGUGUUUUAUUUAGCAGCAAAAACUGAGUGCUUAAUUUAUUUUUUUUUCUCCUUCAUAUGAUUUAUUUUAGUAAGUUUAAAUUGAUUAAGAUAAAAUGUUUGGUCCAAAGGACUUUAAAAAAUGUAUUAUUUUCAAAAAUUCCACAAGUGAAAUAUAUAUUAAGCAAGAAGAAGGAAUCAAUAUCCUACCUGACUACCUGGUAGGUUAAUUACUGAUUUGGUUAGAGAUUGUGUACCGAUUGAGAUGUAUGAAUUGCAUGCAGGACCUUUUUGUAGGGCACUGUGUAACGUUUAUUAGACACCUAAGCUGAUACUUUGUAACAGUGUUACAAGGUUCCGAGUUCAGUAAAUUGUUGACACCUGUCUUUAACAUGUUGUACUGGUUGUUAGUAAACAUCCAUUCCAUUCCUUUUUUAAAGAAUUCAUAAAGAUGAAAUUAUUUUUCAAUGGAACAAAUAAACAGACAAUACAAUGAUA